ACGUGCGCGCUCGCCGUCCCCCGCCGCGUCCACAUCGGCAGCCGAGCCUCCCUCCUCCCUGUGCAUCACGCGCGCAUCUCUCUCUCUCUCCCUCCCUCCCUCUGGUCGAGCGAGCCAUUUCCAUCUCACCUAUAAAUACGGUCCGGGGAGGCCCAAUGCCAGCACUGCAGAUAGGCUGAGAGAGCUUCUUCAACGACCCCCUCCUCUGUCCUCUCCGGCGUCGACUUUUACAGACAAGGCAGGGAGAGCCGAUCGAGCCAGCUCCGGCGAGGUCGGUCGGUCGAGGACAUCAUCAGGAGAUCGAUCGAUCGAUCGAUGUCGUGCUUGGGCCGCGCGGCGGUGCCGGUGAAGCGUGUGUGGCGCGGCCUCAGCGCGCGCCUCCGCCUCCGGCGAGCCACCGGUCUGGGCCGGCUGCGGAAGGAGGUGCGCACGUGCGAGUACAGCGACGUGCACGUCAUGUGGGAGAUGCUCAGCAGCAGCAGCAGCAGCAGCACGAGGGCUAGAGGAGGAGUCAUGGCCGGGAAGGGCUCGCGGCGGGGCAGGGGCAGGGGCAGGGUGGGGAGGAAGGCCGCCGCCGCCUGGAGCCGCCUGGCCUCCUACUGCUGCGCGCUCUGAUUCUGAUCCGACUCCGAGCAGGGUUGGUUGGAUGCUCUGCUCCUCUCCUCGGAUUCAGACAGAGAUGUCGGUCCUCUGCUUCUUGUGCUGCUGCCUUGUUGAAUCGAGCGAGCAAUCAAUCAACCGCCGCCAUCGGAUGGAGGGAGCCGAAACGAUUUUUUUGGGAACGCGGGGAUUUCGUUUCACAUGAUGAUGAGCUCCUAUUCCUAUGGAUGGAGAGCAGUAGAGUUCAGUCAGAAUUGCGCGUGUGUGUAUCAGUCAUGUCAGAGCUGUACAUACAAACAGGCUGCCGUAAUUUUGCUCCAUGUCUGCUGCUACUAGUGUGCAAAAGACAAUUUUGUCUGUCUCCGCUGAUUUGUCCCAAUUUUGGCUGUAUGUUUCCAUGUGUUGUUACGAACAAGUUAUUAAAGACAGGGUUCCAUGAUGAAAGAUG